AGUUGAUGGUUCUAGAAGCUGGUCUUGUUGGAUCAAUAAAAAGCACACGACUCAGUAUAACUAUAUAUAAACGUUCUCUUUCAAGUGUACACAUAUAAUCAUCCUCUUGUACAAUAAAUUUUAUCCAAACAAUUCAAAUUAAUUGUCAACAACAUCUUGACUCUUUUCAUAAAUUUAUACUCUUCUUCCUGUUGAUAAAUAUUCUUCGGUAUCUUUUGAAAUCAUCUGUUGAUUAUUUAAAUAGAAUUUUUAUAUAUUAUUUUUUAUUGCAAGUUGUUGAUGAAGCAUUUAAUAUGUGUGUCUAGUUACGGUUGUCAUGGUUAUAUUGAAAAACUAGAACACACUUUUGACCACUAGAAAUUUUAUAUUUAUAUAAUUAACAAGUCUUGCUCGUGUGCACAAUAUUUGCUUGACUUGGUUUUGCGGUUAAAAAUUUAUUUCAUCGUCUAUUUGAAAUAUAAAUAUGUCAACUGUACGAGUGAAUAGUUCAGUUAAUUUAAUAUCAUGGCAAAGACGAGCCUACGAGAGUCAUCGAAUAAGAGUCAAAACAGCAACACCAACAGUUGAUAUGAAUCCACCAAAAUUACGUCCACAUGUUUUAUAUGAUGCAAAACGUAUUCAACUUCAACGAGAACGUCAAGGAAUAAUAACAAGAGAUAAUUUUAUUUUAUUAAAAAAUCUUGAAGACAUAAUGCAUGGAAAAAUGAAGAAAAAAACAUCAAGGCUUGAUGAAAAAAAAUCAAAAUGUAUACGUUCAUUAAUUUAAUUAAGUUUUCGUAAUUUUUUUCUAUUUUCAUACAACACUUUUAUACAUUAUGUAUUAGUGUGUUUUUUUUUUUUAUUUUAGUGAUUAGUAAAAACAUAAUAAAUAACACAAAUUAAAUAAAAAAUU